GUCUACCGGACACUCGCAGGUUACCGUCAGCAGCGCGUGACCGGCGACAGCAGUGCGCGUGCGGGGAUAUUCGGUUCCGUUCCUCAGCCUCAGCGAACCGAACACACCCGGUAACCGACCGAUCCAGCUCCAGCGCGAUGAGCGGCGGCGUGUACGGCGGAGAUGAAGUGGGUGCUUUGGUGUUUGACAUCGGCUCCUUCUCCACCAGAGCAGGAUAUGCAGGAGAGGACUGUCCAAAGGCAGAUUUCCCCACCACUAUAGGAGUGAACGCUGAAGAGGAGGGGCCAGCUGACAUGGGGGCGGAGCAAGAGAGCAACAGUGGGCGGAGUUAUUACAUAGACACCACAGCCCUGCAUGUGCCGCGGGCGGGUGUAGAACUCAUCUCUCCACUGAAGAACGGCAUGAUUGAGGACUGGAACGCAUUUCAAGCCAUAAUCGACCACAUCUACAGCAAACAUAUCAAAUCGGAGCCCAGUUUACACCCUGUUCUGAUGUCUGAAGCUCCUUGGAACUCACGGGCGAAGAGAGAAAAGCUAACAGAACUCAUAUUCGAGCAUUACAACAUCCCCGCCUUCUUCCUGUGCAAGACCGCCGUGCUCACUGCCUUUGCUAACGGUCGAGCCACGGGCCUCGUGCUGGACAGCGGAGCCACGCACACCACUGCCAUCCCAGUGCAUGAUGGGUACGUCCUGCAGCAAGGGAUCGUCAAGUCUCCUCUGGCCGGUGAUUUCAUCUCCAUGCAGUGUCGAGAGCUGUUUCAGGAGAUGAACAUCGACACGGUUCCUCCGUACAUGAUCGCGUCUAAGGAGCCUGUGAGGGAAGGAGCUCCGCCGCUCUGGACCAAGAAGGACAAACUCCCUCCCGUCACCAAGUCCUGGCACACGUACAUGUGCAACGAGGUGAUUCAGGAUUUCCAGGCGUCGGUGCUGCAGGUGUCUGACUCUCCGUAUGAUGAACAUCUGAUCCCCGUCUCAUCUUCAUCUGAUCUCAGUCUGAUCCCCGUCUCAUCUUCAUCUGAUCUCAGUCUGAUCCCCGUCUCAUCUUCAUCUGAUCUCAGUCUGAUCCCCGUCUCAUCUUCAUCUGAUCUCAGUCUGAUCCCCAGCAUGAGACUGAAGCUGAUCGCCAGCAACAGCUCCAUCGAGAGGCGAUUCAGCUCCUGGAUCGGAGGAUCAAUCCUUGCAUCACUGGGAACCUUCCAGCAGAUGUGGAUCUCAAAGCAGGAGUAUGAUGAGGGAGGAAAACAGAGCGUGGAGAGAAAAUGCCCCUAAGCACACACACACACACACACUCUCUCUCUCUCUCACACACACACACGCACUCUCUCUCACACACAC